CUGCUUGAGAGUUCGAAGAUGCGACACAUUUCGAGAUUUUUUGGUCGACCCUCGAAGUCAAUCCCCAGGAGGAUGUCUUCUUUGCGUGGUAAUCCUGACCUGUUUGAAUACACUUCUGGGCGAUUUUUAUUUAACGAAGAGCUCCGCCGCGCCGAACGCCGUAUUCAAUUCGACAUAGAUGCUCUUGCAAGGACGGCCUGCCAUUCUGUCGGACGCAACCUCAAUGGUGUAGCCUCGAUCACGAAACUUGCCGAGGGGGGCUUCAACCGUGUCUUGCAAAUCACCUUCGACGAUGGAUAUACAAUUCUUGCAAGACUGCCUUACAAGACGACUGUUCCAAAACAUUAUGCAGUAGCCAGUGAAGCUGCUACACUCGCGCUUCUGCUUGCUCAUGGGGUCCCCGUCCCUAAAGUCCUUGCGUAUUCUCCAGACCAGACAAAUCCUGUUGGAACCGAAUACAUUCUACUUGAAAGACUUGAAGGAACACCCUUGAGCGACCGGUGGUUCUCUAUGGAUAACAAAACUCGGGUUAAAAUAAUAAGACAGAUUGUUGAUAUAGAGAGACGUUUCAUGAGUAUUCACUUCCCAGCAAGCGGAAGUCUUUAUCACCGCCAUGAUCUUGACAGCUCACAACACGUCAUCCCAGUCUUAGACGAUAUUGUCGUUGGCCCAACUGCACAACAUGAAUGGUGGUAUCAGGAACGGGCCUCUUUAGAGGUUGACCGCGGCCCAUGGAAUACCUUUUCUAUAUGCUUUGAAGCACCGGCUAAGCGCGAGCUAGAAUUCUGUGAACGAUUUGGUAAACCACUCCUACAUAUCGAAAGAUACCUACGAGAAAUACACCAGUUCCAAAAGCUCUCACCUAUUCUAUACCAACAGCUCCUCACCAAUUAUUUGAAGUUAGCGCCUUACCUCGACGUCCCCUCCGACCACCGUAUAUCUCGACCGACACUUCGCCAUCCAGACUUUUCACCUAAUAAUAUCAUCGUAAAUACCUCCAACGAUGUGGUAGGGAUAAUUGACUGGCAAUAUACAGUUAUUCUGCCUCUCUGCCUAUGCGCUGGAAUCCCCGAUCAUUUUCAAAACUGGGGCGAUCCAAUGUCUGAGAUAUUAUCUAAGCCAGAGGUCAAGUUGCCAGAAAAUUUUGAUAAACUCAGCCACGAGGAACAAGAAACUAUUCAAGAGACGAUACGGAGACGGCUCGUCCACUUUUAUUAUGCUGCGUUGACCAUGAAAUCCCUUCCGGAUCAUUUUGACGCACUCAGGGCCGAAAAUUGUAUGCUUCGAGCGAAGCUUUUUCACCAUGCACUGGCUCCCUGGGAAGGAGACUCUGUCUCGUUGAAGUAUACCAUGUUACAAGUUCUCAAAAAUUGGCCUAUGUCGCUUGAUGAAGGAGCACGGACGAGAUCUGUUGGGUGCCCUGUUCACUUUUCCAAGGAAGAGAUACAGCAAUGUUCCGAGGAUUAUCGGCAAGAACAAGAGAAGUUGAAGGAACUGGGCGAGAUGAGGGAACUAAUCGGGACAGAUGCCCUUGGCUGGGUGUCAGAUGAAGAUCAGCUUAAUCGGUGCAGGGCCAUCAUCCAAAGUAUCAAGGAUGGGCUGAUGGAACAUUCAAGCACUGAGAUGGAGAAGAUAGCGGUCCUCUACCAUUUUCCUUUCGAUGAUCAUGAGGAAAAUUCGUGA